AUGGCGGAGAAAAAUUUACCUUUCUUCGAGGAUGUCCUGGUGCCCCAGGUGCCCAAGGAGAUAAAGGAGAAGGUGGAUCACCAGGAGAGAGAGGAGAUCCAGGUGUUCCAUGACCUCAGGGCCCAAAAGGAGAUACGGGAGAUCCGGGUUCUCCAAAAGCUGUGUCUGGUGAGUGAAUGUAAUCAAUUUUGUCAUGUCUUGCUUGGGAACUCCUACCAUGAAGCUGCUGCUCAGGACUGCAAAUCACUGCUGGAGAAAGGUUUUAUCUUCAGUGACUGGUACAUCAUAUUCCUAGAUGGAAACCAACUGCAAAAAGUCCUAUGUGAUAUGCACACUGAUGGAGGCGGUUGGGCUGUCAUCCAGAGACGUUACGAUGGCUCAGUUGAUUUUCAACGUGAUUGGGAAUCUUACAAGAUGGGACUUGGCAGCCGUCAGUCUGAGUUCUGGCUGGGGAAUGACAUUAUUCAUAAGAUGACUUCAUCAGGUAUGUGGGAGCUGCGCAUUGAUCUGCAGGACUUUGAUGGUAAAAGUUAUUAUGCUAAAUACAGCUCUUUUGAAAUCAAGGGAGAGGCCGAGAAAUACAAGUUGUCACUCGGGGAGUUUAUUGGUGGUAAUGCAGGAGAUUCUUUGUCCUCUCAGAAUGGGAUGAUGUUCUCCAACGUGGACCAAGACAAUGACGCUGAUUCUAGAAGUUGUGUGGAUUUGUACAAGGGAGCCUGGUGGUAUAGUGAGUGCCACCGAACCAACCUCAAUGGACAGUACCGACCUUGGAAAGAUGAAACCUUUACUGUUGGAAUGAAUUGGAAGAAGGGAAAGGGUAAUAAAAACUCCUUCAAGAGUUCUGAGAUGAAAAUCAGACCUGUGGAGUGA